AUGGAUCAACAAAAUGCACUGAAUACAGUGCCACUGGCGCCCAGUCUACCGGCUCCGCCAUCCAAAGAACAAGCUCUAAAAUCACUUGCGGGAAGUGGUAGUGCCGAUGGCUCGAUUUUCCAGCAGCUUACAAGCAAUCCAUUUUUUACUGCAGGGUUUGGCCUGGCGGGUCUGGGUGCUGUAUUGAGAAUUGGACAACAAGGAUUGAGAAGAGGAGGAGAAUUGCUGAAGAGGCGUAUGCUGGUGGAUCUGGAAAUCACACGACACGAUGAAUCUUACCCGUGGGUUCUUAAUUGGAUGACACGGCAAUAUCAAAAGUCACUCUCGGACACUGCUGAGAAUGUAAAACCUGGUAUGAUGGAAGCUCUGAUACGACGUUUUACACCAGGUCUGCAUCAUCUUCAAAUCAAAACAGCGAGUCAGAAGACUCCUGGUGGAGCAUCACAUACGCACUUCUCUCUGGUUCCCGGACACGGAAAACACAUCUUGAGAUUCAAAAAUGCCUUCAUUGCUGUGGACAGACAACGCGAAGGAAAGUCUUUUGACGCUCAAGGCCAACCUUUUGAAACCAUCAAACUCACCACACUAUACGCACACCGUCACAUCUUCGAAGACAUGUUCUCAGAAGCACAUUCCUUAUCUAUGCAAAGUAUUGAAGGCAAGACUAUGGUCUACACUCUGAGCAACAUGCAAUGGAUGCCCUUGGGAGACGCGAAGCGCAAGAGACCUUUCGACUCUGUUGUCCUGGAAGAGGGCAUGGCAGAAAUGAUCAGAGAUGAUGUGACUGAAUUCUUGAACGCUCGCACUUGGUACUUGGACCGCGGCAUCCCCUACCGAAGAGGAUAUCUUCUACAUGGCCCGCCCGGAACUGGCAAGACGUCUUUCGUACAAGCACUGGCCGGUGAACUCGACUUCAACAUUGCUAUGCUCAGUCUGAGUCAGCGUGGUCUCACCGAUGAUUUGCUGAACCAACUGAUGCUCAACUUGCCUCCUCGCACAUUCGUUCUCUUGGAAGAUGCAGAUGCAGCGUUCAACAACAGACGACAACGCGACGAAGAUGGCUUUAGUGGAGCUACAGUUACCUUCUCCGGUCUGCUCAAUGCUCUCGAUGGUGUUGCCAGUGCCGAGGAACGUAUUGCCUUCAUGACGACCAAUCAUAUUGAACGCCUCGACGAUGCACUCAUCCGACCCGGUAGAGUUGACAUGACACUCCGUCUCGGCGAAGCAACACUCUGGCAAAUGGAGCAGAUGUGGAAUAGAUUCUAUGCACCGCUGGACGCUGAUGGCAGCAAGAGAGUUUUAUUCCUGGAGCGUGUCGAGCAAUAUGGUCUUGUCAACUCAGUCAGCACAGCUGCUUUGCAAGGGCUGUUCUUGUACAACAAGGAUGACCCAGACGGCGCUAUCAAUAUGGUUGGGCAACUGCUCAUGGCAAAGACGGCAUCUAUGGAAGUACCCAAGAAGAACUGA